AUGAAACCAACCUCUUUAUUAAAUCGAGCUAAUUUGACGCCAUUUUACACUUAUAAGGAAUUAAUUCCGCUCUGUGGUAAAAAUUUGGUUCCGAAUGCGACUGAGAGGCCGAGAUCUAAAAAGUAAUGGAUGGUAUUUUUUGAAUAAAUUUGGGUGUAAGGGGGGUGGAGGGGAUAAAGAGGGGUGGCUCAAAUAUUUUCUAGAGGGUCGUAAAUGUUGUA